UAAAUUGUCUAUGUAGAUGAAUUGUCACGGUUUAAAUGUUAUGGUCGUAUUUCUUUUUUUUUUCCUGAAAAUGGGCUUGAUCUUUGGCUAUGCUUGUAUUUAUGGACUAACGUUAGAAUUUGACGAAGUAAUUUGUGUUUCCUUUCGACUUUAAUGGUAUUUUAUGACAUUUUAUCGAUCAUUUGUGUAUGUCACUAAUGCAAAUUAUAGAUUUAUUUUACUGGAAUGACCGAAUCCCUUGUUAUUUUUGGUCGUCUUUAAUGUUUACUUUCUAAGCCAGUAACGUUACAUUUGCUAUUUGAAAUAAAUUUCCGUAUAAAUUUGAGUCGAGCCGAUUGAUCAGUUUAACGUUUCAGCUCCCGAAUUAUUAUACUGUAAUAUACAAAUAUAAUUUAAUGUCGAAAACAAACUGUACAGAAGAUUUAAACCCCUCCCCCUCCAGUCGAGGUAUUUUCCAGCUGAAGAAUCAACUGGACUCCACUGAAUGACAUUCACUUUCGAUCCAGUUUUAACCUCGUUAUUUAGCUCAAAGCGAUUUAAAAAGGACGAUUUCACAUUUAUUUGUCCAUCUCAGUCGGAAUGGGUCGGGCUUAUUUGUUUGGAUGUCCUGUAGGAAGGCGUUAACCAGCGAAACCCGACACCGAGGCUCAGCUGAGCGGAGGGGGCUGGGCAAAACCUUGACCCACUGCCCUGUGUUAACGGAAUUUACUUAACUUUGCUUUUCUAUGCCUUUUUAAAGGUGUUUUGACGACUUGAAACACAAAUAAAGUGAAAAUAUGGAGGCAUUCAUACUGAUGAAAGAACUGAGGAGCAAUCUGGACCAGGAGGUUCAGUAUCUGCCGAAGGAAACCGGACUCAGUUUGAUUGAAUCCACACAAGAGAACGGUAAUGGAGUUUCAGCCAAAUGUCGAGAUGCUCGAGUGGAAGAUCUCUGGAGCUUGACCAGUUUCUUCGGUUACAGCACUCAGACCUUUGUACUAGCUGUUAACCUGCUGGACAGGUUUAUAGCUAUGAUGAAGGUUCAGCCCAGGUAUCUGGCCUGCAUCAGCAUCGGUUGCCUUCAUAUCGCCGCCCGAGUGACCGAAGAGGAGUGCAAUGUUUCAUCCAGCCAUGAGCUCAUUCGCAUCAGCCAGUGCAAGUUCACCGUCUCAGACCUCAGCCGAAUGGAGAAGAUCAUUUCAGAGAAGCUCAACUUCCAGUUAAAAGCCGUCACAGCCUUAACCUUCCUGCAUUUGUACCACGCCAUUGCACUUUCACACACGUCCAACAGAAAAGACGUCCUGAAUCUUGACAAACUUGAAGCCCAGCUGAAAGCCUGCCUAUGCAGAAUUGUUUUCUCCAAAGCAAAACCUUCGGUGCUCGCUUUGUCGCUCUUGAUGCUUGAGAUCGAGGCCUUACAGUCUGCGGACCUGCUAGAAAUCGGCCAGCGCAUACAAACACACUUGAAGAUCUCCAAGGCUGACCUAGCGCGCUGGCGAGGUCUGGUAGGUCAAUGUAUGAGGGAAUACUCCUCUCCAGAAUGUGCCAAACCUGACCACAAGAAACUGGUGUGGAUCGUCUCACGGAGGACGGCACAGAACCUGCACAGCAGCUACCGCAGCGUCCCUGAGCUGCCAACCAUCCCGGAGGGCGCGUGGGACGAGAGCGAGAGUGAGGAUUCAAGCGAAGACCUGAGCUCCGGGGAAGAGAGUCUGAGCAGCUCACUGGGCAGCGACGCCGAGGGGCCCUACUUCCCCCCGAACUUCCGCUCCCGUGCCCACAGACAGUAAUACGCUCUAAACCACUUGCCAAGGAGCACAACCACCAAUGGAGAUGUGGCUUCCUUGUCAUCUUCCAAGAUGAUGUCACAGACCUCUCCUGGCUGGAAACCUAAAGCUAUACAGCGAGGUGCCAUUGUGCCGGAGUUCGACGACACCACCGAGUCCAAAAUAUCAGAAUUGUAUUUUAAAACUCUUCUGUUAUGGCUUUACACAAAGCCAGUCCAAAUACUGUAAACAUCUCUCUUGAUUACUCGUGUUAAGCUAAAAGUGAAAUAAUUCAGCACUGCAAAACACUGGCAGCUAAAAACUUAAAGAAAAAAAAAAAAGAUGUAGCCGUAGCAUAUAUAUAGUAGUUGCAUGUUCGGAUUUGUCAGCAUUCCAGGCGACUCAAUAUGACAUAUCCAAGGUACACUAGACUGUUAGGAAACAACUUGAGACUUGUACUUUGGUGCUUUGCACAGUUUUGUAAUAUGAUUGUAAGCGUGUGACAGCGGGAAAGCUGCGUGCCUGCAGAACUGCCGCCUCUCUGAGGUCAAACAGUCAAGAGAUUUACUGUGGUGCGCAUGGUGUUCGCAGAAAAACUGGAUUGUAUAUUUUUCGUGUGUGUAUGUGAGUGUGAUGUUGUUAACCUACUUGCCAACUUAGUACAAGUUUCACUUUAGCCGAUAUAUGAAGACAAAUACUGUACGUUGAAAAUGUGCAACAAAAAAGCCUAAAAAACCUUAUUCAAUAUAAAAAAUGUACAUUUGUAUAAUGUAAAAAAAAAUGCAUAUACGUUCUGUAUAGCAUCUUGUAGAUAUUAACUUAUUUUUGACAUGGUAAUAUAA